GUAGCUGCAUCUGCGACAACUGCCAUUAUCAUAAAAUUUGCACUAAUAGUUAAAACCACCGGCGGACCAAUAACCCGGAAACUGUGGUUUGUUCCUACACUGCUUUGUCUCCAGACGGUGAGGAUUUUAGUCGGGCUUAGGAUGUCAUCGUUAUAAAGUUAAAAGUGAACCAUCAGAUGUACUUAGUGGCAAGGAAUACAAAGUUAUCCUUUUAUACAUUGGUAAUUGCCAGGAAAGUGAACACAGCCCAAGCAUUCAUGAGCGAGGACCAAUCUCCGAACAAGAAACCUAGACUUAUAGACAGCAUGAAGAUAGGGACACACAAUGGCUCCUUUCACUGUGACGAGAUUCUGGCAUGCUUCAUGCUGAGACAGCUUCCAAAGUAUGCUGAUGCUGAAGUUAUCAGGACUAGAGACCCAGCAGUCCUGGACACAUGUGAUGUGGUGGUGGAUGUUGGGGGAGUGUAUAACCCAGCCAAAAAUAGAUUUGACCAUCACCAAAGGACAUUUAACGAGUCAAUGAGCACAGUCAAUCCGCCCAAGAAAUGGACAACAAAGCUGAGCAGUGCAGGGCUGGUGUACUGUCACUUUGGGCGGGAGAUCGUGAGUAAGAUCCUAGAGCUUCCAGUUGAAGACCCAAUAACAGAUGUCGUGUACGACAAAGUGUACGAGAACUUCGUGGAGGAGAUUGAUGCUAUUGACAACGGAAUUAAUCAAUACGACGGGGAACCCAGGUACCAGAUAUCCACAAACAUUAGCAGCCGGGUCAGUCACUUCAAUCCUCUGUGGAACGAACCAAAUGCUGAUGAAAUGGCUGGUUUUCUGAAAGCCAUGAAGAUGGUGGGAGCUGAGUUUCUGGACAAGGUCUUGUAUUACAAGAAGUCGUGGUUACCAGCUAGAGAGCUAGUGGAAGAAGCCGUCAAAGGGAGAACAGAGGUAGACCCUAGUGGGGAGAUAGUGGUGUUUAAAACGGGGGGCUGUCCCUGGAAGGACCACCUGUUUAACUUGGAGGCGGAGCUUGAUAUCAACCCACCAAUCAAAUACGUCCUAUACACAGACCAAGCUAACAAAUGGAGGAUACAGUGUGUGCCAGAAUCUCUAGUGUCUUUUUCAAACAGACUGUCGUUGCCAGAGGACUGGCGAGGCCUGAGAGAUGAUGUCCUUACAGAGAAGUCUGGGAUUGAGGGAUGUAUCUUUGUUCAUGCGGGCGGUUUUAUUGGUGGGAAUCACACUUAUGAGGGUGCUCUAGAGAUGGCAAAGAAAAGUCUGAAGAUGGCAGAAAAAAAGACCUAGUGUUCAACAUCAAAGACAGUUACUCCAUUGCAAUUGUGCUCAGGUUGUUUCAUCUAUUGCAUUGUAUUUGUAUCAAGUCACUGCCAUAGCUGAAUCUCAUGAAAAUAAAAAAUAACUAUCAAAGUUGGUUAA